AUGGCUGAUUUUGCAUAUCCAUGGCCAGAGGUGACUCCGGAUCUCCCGUGGAAGAUCUUCGCUGAACUUCCUGCGAAGCUCGUAUCAAGUCUCCCGGCGGCGUUGGCCGGCGAGACAAGCCCUCCGCUUGGUGGAGCGAUCAAGAGGGGCUUCGAGUUCACCUUCAUGUUCACCAGCCUCCUCGUGCUGCUGGUGUACAUCGCCAUUCAGGUCGGCAUGACCAUCUACGUGUUCGUCGCAACCCUAGUGUUCUGUGGCUUCAUCAUCUCCGACACCAGCCUGCUGCUCAAGCGCCACACGUACAGCGAGAGUACGUACGUCAUUGCCGCCAUCUCCCUCUACCUGGACGUCAUCAACCUCUUGAUGGCCCAGCUCUCAUUCAACGUCCAGUGA